AUGGAACGGGAGCUGGUUGCUGUGGGUAUGAAUCUGAAAACACUGGAAGUACACGAGGAACGUGCUUUGCAGCGAGAGAAUUCUUUCUCGGAUCAUGUGCAAAGCUUACAAAAUCGCAUAAAAGAGGUAAAAUGCAAGCCGGGCAAAAUUGUGGAAUUGGAAGAGGAGCUCCGUGUCGUCGGCAAUAACUUGAAAUCUCUUGAAGUGUCCGAAGAGAAAGCUUUACAGCGUGAAGAUUCGUAUGAGGAACAGAUCCGUACUGUUUCGGCACGUCUCAAGGAGGCGGAGACGCGAGCCGAGUUUGCAGAACGAUCUGUUCAGAAAUUGCAAAAGGAAGUUGAUAGACUCGAAGGUUUGUUCAGUUUUCCUCUGAUUUCACUCUUAUAG